UUCAGCCAAUAAAAUUACUUCGAUUGGUAGGGACAGAGGUCACCUUGAAGCUAAAAAUUCAUAGUUUCAGUGUUUCAGUGUUAUUUUCAAAUUUGGAUCUAGGCUAACAUGACAGAAAAACCGGGGGCAAAAUUUAUAGAACGGGGUGCCCACAAAGGAAAGGGCAUUGCUGUUUUUACAAGUGGAGGUGACUCACAGGGUAUGAAUGCAGCUGUAAGGGCUGUAGUUCGUAUGGGAAUUUAUCUAGGAUGCAAAGUUUAUUUCAUCAGGGAAGGUUACCAAGGGAUGGUUGAUGGUGCCGAUUACAUUGUUGAAGCAAACUGGUCCUCAGUUAGUAGCAUAAUCCAUAAAGGCGGUACGAUAAUUGGGUCGGCUCGCUGUCAAGAUUUCAGGGAGAGACAGGGUCGCCUUAAAGCGGCUAAGAAUCUGGUAGAAAAGGGAAUAACGAAUUUGGUUGUAAUCGGAGGGGAUGGUAGUCUUACGGGCGCGGAUCUGUUCAGGCAGGAAUGGAACUCCCUCUUGGAAGAAUUAGUCCAAAACAAGGAGAUUACACCUGAGCAGAAGGAGAAGUACAAAACGCUGCAAAUUGCCGGAUUGGUCGGGUCCAUCGAUAAUGACUUCUGCGGUACCGACAUGACUAUUGGUACCGACAGCGCUUUGCACAGGAUCAUCGAGGCGAUUGACGCAAUCGUCAGCACGGCCUAUUCCCAUCAAAGAACAUUCAUUAUGGAAGUUAUGGGCCGGCAUUGCGGGUACCUGGCAACUGUUGCCGCUUUAACUUCGGAGGCCGAUUACGUUUUUAUCCCCGAAUCGCCGCCGCCGGAUGACUGGCAAAAGCGCCUAUGCGCAAAAUUAGAUCAGGAACGAACCGCGGGUCAACGACUGAACAUAAUAAUCGUCGCUGAGGGGGCCAUCGAUAGAAAUGGGCAGCCCAUCACCGCCGAAAUGAUCAAGAAGGUAGUGGUGGACAACCUCCACCAAGACACUAGGAUCACCGUGCUGGGUCACGUUCAGCGAGGGGGACGUCCUUCCGCUUUUGACAGAAUUUUGGGAUCGAGGAUGGGUGCCGAGGCGGUAAUGGCCCUGAUGGAGGCGGACGAGAAGGCCGAACCGUGCGUUAUCUCCCUGGAUGGCAACCAGGCCGUUCGAGUUCCUCUGAUGCAGUGCGUCAAGCAGACUAAGGCCGUAGCUCAGGCUAUGGCCGAUAAGCAGUGGGAGAAAGCGGUUCAACUCCGCGGGAAAUCUUUCAUGCGUAAUUUGGAAACGUAUAAGCUUUUGACCCGUCUGAAGCCACCGAAGGAAGCUUUCAAUGAAAAGGGCAAGGGAAAACAAGAUUCAAUGUGCCGUUCGGAAGGGUACACAAUGGCUGUGAUGCACAUCGGCGCUCCAGCCUGCGGCAUGAACGCAGCGGUACGUUCCUUCGUACGUAACUGCAUCUACCGCGGCGACACCGUCCUCGGGAUCCACGAUGGGAUCGAUGGCCUGCUUGCCGGUUACGUCAAGCAUAUGAGUUGGUCGGACGUUACCGGCUGGGUAAGCCACGGCGGCGCCUAUUUAGGUACUAAACGUACCUUACCGGGCCACCGUAUGGGACUAGUAGCGUCGAGACUUCAAGAGUUCGGGAUCCAAGCCCUCCUCAUCAUCGGUGGUUUCGAGGGUUUCCAAGCGGCCCUCCAGAUGUACGAGAACCGCGAGGAACACGCCGCUUUCAGGAUCCCGAUCCUGGUAAUCCCCAGCACCAUCAGCAACAACGUGCCCGGCACCGAAUUCUCCCUCGGCUGUGACACCGCCCUGAACGAGAUCACCGAGAUAUGCGACCGUAUCAGGCAAUCCGCCCAGGGUACCAAGAGACGGGUGUUCGUCAUCGAGACUAUGGGCGGUUACUGCGGAUAUCUCGCUACUCUAGCCGGUCUCGCCGGCGGAGCGGACGCGGCAUACAUUUACGAGGAGAAGUUCACGAUCAAGGAUCUGCAACAGGACGUCUACCAUAUGGCCACUAAGAUGUCGGAGGGGGUCCAGAGGGGGCUCAUUCUUCGUAACGAAAAGGCGUCGGAGAAUUACAACACCGAUUUUAUCUAUCGCUUGUAUUCGGAGGAGGGGAAGGGGCUUUUUAGCGCUAGGAUGAAUAUUUUAGGACAUAUGCAACAGGGCGGGUCUCCGACCCCUUUCGACAGGAAUCUCGGCACCAAGAUGGCCGCCAAGGCGGUGGACUGGCUGGUGUGCCAGUUGAAGAACAACACCGACGAGGAGGGUAAGGUCAGCUGCGGCGAUCAGAACACCGUCUGCCUUUUAGGCAUCGUCAAGAGGCAGUACAAGUGCACGUCGGUGCACGCGUUGAAGGAGGAAACUAAUUUCGAGCAGCGUAUCCCGAAGGAGCAGUGGUGGUUGAAGUUGCGUCCGUUGUUGCGUAUCCUGGCCAAGCACGACUCGACGUACGAGGAGGAAGGCAUGUAUAUGAGUAUUGAGGAUCGCGUCCUCGUCGAUCCGUUGUACGGCUAAGCGCUUAGGGAAAAGUAUUAUAGAAUUUUUAUGAGGCAGAACGAAGCUUAGCGGAAUUUUGUUCUGCAACUCUAAAAAAGUUGAACCUAGUGUAAUUAUAUGCUCGCCUUUUGAGCUUGAUGUGUAGUAGGUAUUAAGCUAUGCAAAAUUUCCUCGUUUAGUUUUAUUUAUUUGGCUUUUACGUAUGAUUUACAUAACUAUUUAUUACGAUCGAACUAUAUCACGUCGUAUUUUAUCGAUUCUCCUUUUAAAAUGUUACCGAUCUGUGGAAACUGAAGAAUAUAUAAAAUUGUUUUAGAUAACCACCGAAA